ACACGCAAGUACGAGAUCCGACGUGGUGUCGCCCAGCGCGUGUACGAGGAGGAGGACGAGUCUCAACAAGAGGUGCAGGAUCGACACCUUUAUUAUCCAGGCUUCGACGACGACAGAAGCUCCUCCUCUCGGGGUUCUACGACAGCGUCUUUCCCUCCUCCCAAACGCCAGAAACGAAACCGAUAUCGAUACACCCAAUAUCUACACCCGAGCUUCACUAAAUUUAUCAAUAUUGAUUUAGCCGACGUCCGUCAGUCUACGAACCGCAUGAACACCGCGGGCGUUUGGCGGCCGACCUCGACGGUCUAUGCGCCGCAGAGUGCUAGUCAGGGACAUGGAAGCGCAGGAGCGACAGGAUUUGGAGGAACGAGAGCAACGAUACCAGGAGAUGCUGCAGAAACAGCAACGACAGAAGCAGCAGCAGCAGCAGAAGCAGAAGCAACAAGAGACUGACGAGCAACACCAACAACCCCAAGAACAACGGAAAACGUCGCCCCGCACGAGGAAAUCCCAAAGACCCGACCGGCCUGCAUCGCCGCGCCAGCGGAGCAACAUCCCCAUGUUGCGUCGCGAGCGUCGUAGAAACCAGGACGCCAUCGGGACCCGCCGGUCGAGCGAAGCGAACGUGAUGAGCGAGCCUACGUCGGGAACUCCCGGGCGCGCGGGCCACGAUCAGGGGCACGCUAGCGACUUGUCUAGUGUCCCAGCACGCACGCCACCGCCUCAACCGCAACAGCAACAGCAACAGCAACAGCAACAGCAACAGCAACAAUCCCGCUCGUUGGGUGAUCGCAUCCGAGGAAAUACUACCCGCCCUGCUGCUACAUCUCGUUCGCCUGCUCCCACCGGAACAUCACCGUUAUCCUCCAUCGACAACCGUCCGGGAUGGCGUGGUGCCAGCGGUCGCACUCCUAUCGUCGAGCCUGUUCGAGACAACCCGGUCGUGGCGCCGCCGCUUUCCAUCCCCCGUAAGAGUAGCAAGCGCAUCACUGCUGCCGCCACCAAGGCCAAGGCAUGGGCAGCCACCACAGCCACUACCACCUCAACCACCAACAGCACCACCAGCACACCAACCCUUGAUCGACCGUCGCACUCCCCAUUGUGGCACUCACCAUUGGACAGGACCUCGACCCCGUUAUCCCCCGUAAGCCCCUCCGAUUCUGAAACGUCCAUGGCCACAACGGCGCCCACACCAACCAUCCGGACCCUGGUUCCUGAGACGCUGCGCCAUCGCCAUCGCAAUUACCCCCCAUUAUCCGCACCUACGAAUACCCGUACCCUUCUCGCAUCCGACAAUGCCCUGGUGGUUGAUCCGGGCAGCCCACAGUCGCACCCCGGUAACAACGACAAGGCCCUCCGCAGGAAACCUCCCCCACCCAACUCUCUUACCACUUCACCCCAGCACAACAGGCACGCUCCUCACGAGUCCGUCUCGUCCAGCGUUUAUUCCACCCAGCCUUCGCCUCCCGCCGUCGAUCGCUAUCGCGAUCGCAGCCACGAACCCGAACCCGAGCACGAGCCUGACACUUGGGUGCAGCCGGCGUCGCGAUUCAGCUACACCACCUACGCCACGUCCACCAACACCGGCUCGCCCCGCGACUCGAUUGACUCGGACCUCCCUCCUAUGCCUGUUCAGGUGGUCGAAUCCGUCAUGGAGCGCAGACGACCCGUCCCGUCCCGCGAGGGAAUGAGCGACAACCCGGUUGUCAUUACUAUGGGGUCGCCUUACAUCGGCGGUCGUUCUGAAGGGAAGAAGGCGACGACGGCCCAAACCACCUCUUCUCCCUCUCCCUCUCUCUCUCCCUCUCCCUCUCCUUCUCCUUCCCCCGUCGCCGCUCCUACCGCCGCCAUCGCCCCCGCCGCCCUCAACGGCGACCGUCGCCAGUCGAUCCUCUCCCUAAGCAAAGCCCUCCCUCCAGCCCCACCCGAGCUGCUAUCCGUCAACGACCGCGUGGCGCACCUCAACGCGCGGCUGCAGGCGCUCGGGAACCGGCGCAUCAACAUCAACAUCGCCAUCCGGCAGAUGACGGAGCUGAUGCCGACCGACAACCUGCUGGCGAGCGAGGAGGUGCUGCGCAAGCGCGAGGCGGAGAAGCGCAAGGUGGAGGCCUUCAAGGUGGAGCUCGCCGACGUGCAGCGCGAGGAGUACGAGAUUGGGUUGAAGUUGCACCGGGCUUACAAGCGGAUGGACCAGUCUGCGGAGUAUGAGCCUACGACGUUGUGGGUGAGGCGCAUUACGAAGUAAGGGCUGUGCCGGCGGGUCGUUGACUUGACGGUCGG